CAAUAAUGUGAAUAUCCCUACACAUGCAAGUCUUCACCGACAUUUCUUCUUUUUUUGAGAAAAAUCAUGUCUUAUUGCGCUAAGUAUAGAUUUAAAAAGAAAAUGGCUCGCGAAGAUUAUGUAAAUCUGGCAUCUUCAUCGUCAAUUGUUGACGGAACGGACAGGAACUGAGUUUCACUCAGAAUUGGAUUCAAACAAGGGUUCAAAUAAUCACUCCUAUGCAGUAAAAUCAUUGAUUUGAUGUCAACAUUGAAAUCAUUUCAAGAAUAUUAUUUUGGAUAUUUCAAUGUUGAAAAAAUUUCGUAUUCUGUAUGGGCACUUGAUUUGAAAAUAUUGAAAUCAUAGAUUGAUUGAAAUAAAAGUCAAUGUGUCAUUUGGCAACAUGGCAUUGUAUUAAAUUUACCAACUUCAUAUUUGUUAGAAUAGAAUCUCUGGUCUUUAAAUAUUAAACAUAACCUUUUAAUCUUUCUUGAAUGUUGUGUGUGCACAGUGCAAAUAUAUUUAUUUUCUUUGUGAUUUUUAUUAAAUAAAGAAGAUGCCGCCAAAAAAGGCAACGCCUGAGCAGUAUAAACUGCUUGUGGACAUGUUUGCUGAAAGCAAAUGCUUGAGGUGGGGAAAGGGAACUCCAGGUGAAAAAAAGGAAGCAUGGGAAGCCAUCAGUGCUGCAGUUAAUACUUUAGGAGUUGAGAAAUCGUCAGAUGGAUGGAAAAAGGCCUUUAUUGAGAUGAAAUCUCACAUCAAAUCAAAAAUCCGAGCUUCAAAGCAGCUCAACCCAACUGAAAAUAGAUGUGCAGAAGUCACCGGAUUGUUUAUAUCCUGCUCUGGAAUUUCUGGGGUUCAGGAAAUGGGAAUGCCACCUGUUGUUGAUGCGAUAGAUACACAGGAACCCGAAGAGGGCCCUCAAGAUGAGUCGGUCGAAAUAAAUCCACCUGACGGUAAUGAGUUGCUGAUGAAUCCGAAUGCAUGUGAGGUUGUUGAGGAAGAAUUCGAGGAGGUAGAAACAGCCUCAAAAAAAAAACGUAAAACAACUCAAGCAAUAAAAAAAACAAAAACUACACCACAACAGUACGAAAUGUAUAUAAAUUUUAAGAAAUAUAAAUACGACAAUGAAGAAAAUGCUUUUAAAGCAUUAUGUGAAGAACUGAAUGGGAAAAAAAAAUUGCAACGCUCUGUUGAAAAUUGGAAAAGGGUUUUUACUGUUUGGGAAUCAAAAGUGAAAGCAAAAGCUAGGAGAAACUAUUUGGAACAAGAGCGCACAGGAGGUGGAGUUCCUAUCUUAGAAAUUCUGGAUGAACUUGAACUACAAUUGUUAUCCGUUUUAACAAAAAUUUUAAUAUAUGGGCAUCCAAAGGUUGUAGAAUUGGGAUUUACAAAACCAAAGAAGACAAAGACGUGUCCCAUUAAACUUUCUGUAGGAAAGAGAUACAGACAUUUGAGAAAAUCCACUGAUUUAUACACCACAUUGAAAAGCGGCUCAACAAAACUAAAAAAUAGUUUACUCGCUAUUCAAAAAAGUUUGCAUGCUCUGCAUGAUGCGAUUUUAAACCUAUUUACUCUAGUUUUAAGUACAUCUACAUAA